GUAACUUUAUUGUUGAUGUUGUUUAUUGUUUUUAAUUUUUUGGAUUAUUUUUGAUGAAAAUUUAAAAAAAUGAAAAAAACUAUAGAAUCUCAUCCAAAAAAUUUAAUCGAUCAAUAUUUAAAAACUUCAAAUAAACUGAAAAAAUUUGAUAGAGUUGUUUUCAAGCGAUUUGCACCAAAUGCAUUGGAAGUCUUAAAUGAUUUUAAUGAAUUAUCUAUGAAAUUCGAAGAUGCUGGAAUCUAUCAAUACGCUGCUAUGUGCUAUUUGGGAGCAGCCAAAUGUGAAAAAAGUAAUGGAAACAAUUUGUCUGAAGUAAAUUGUUAUUUGAAAUCGGCUCGGGCUUUCCUGAAGGCCAAUCAGAUUUCUGAAGAUUUACAAAUGCGUUCGAACAAAGAAGAAUAUCGUGAAGGUGCUUUAAAGUCCUACUAUCUGGCCCUUACAAGAGUUGCCGAUGACGGUGUCUUGAAAGCUGCCAUAAUUCGCGAAACAACUGCAGUAAACAGCAACUAUGACGGCACUAGCACAUUCUCAUCGCCAAGUCAUAGAAUCUUCGACAUGGAGCUGUCUGCAAAGAAAAAUGUCGAAACUGGUGAUUACUUGGGAGCAUUGGAACGACUUACAGACAUUUACGACAAUUUGACCGAACGCAAAAAGCAACAUCUUUAUUCUGAUUUGUUGAAAGAAAUUGAAAUCUGUCGACUUUUGCUUUUGGUCAUAUUGAAUUUGCCUCCUUCAAGGCAAUCACCUUCACACAUUAAACUUGUAGAGUAUUAUUAUAAUUUUAGUAGAGCCGGUGGCCAUGAUACGGAUAUGGUUUCACCUUCUCCAUAUCCCAUGGACAGUAUGGGUUUGAUUUCUUUUGAAUUGAAGUGCAUACUUUCGGAUAUAGUUGUUGCGUGGCAUGAUGAUAAUAAAAGUGAGCUGGGAAAUGCCAUCGACGAACUAUGUGAUUUGAGGGAUAUGAGUUCAAUGGAACGCAUUUUGGUGGAGAAUAUAAUGAAAAGUUUAAUUUAAGUUUGAAUUAAGUAUAUUUUAAAAAAUAAAUCAAUAAAUAUAUGACAAUUUAAUCAUUCCCAAGGGUAAAAAACUGUGUCAUGGUAAU